AUGCCUACCACACUCAAAGAAUUCGAAAGCGUAUGGCCGCGCAUUGUUGCCGACCUCCAGGAGCACUGCAAUGGGUACAAACUGCCCAAGCAGUCCCUUGAUUGGUUCACAAAGUCGCUCGACUACAACACUGUUGGCGGAAAAUGCAACCGUGGCAUGUCUGUCAUUGACACCACUUCAAUCCUCCAGAAAAAGACUCUUGAUCCGUCAUCAGAGGAAUACUUCCGUGCUGCUCUCCUAGGAUGGAUGAUCGAACUCCUCCAGGCUUUCUUCCUGGUUUCCGACGACAUCAUGGACUCUUCAAAGACCCGCCGUGGUAGCCCUUGCUGGUACCUUGCACCCAAGGUUGGCAUGAUUGCCAUCAACGACGCUUUUAUGCUCGAGUCGGCCAUUUACGUACUUCUUAAGAAGCACUUCCGUCAAGAGAAGAGCUAUGUCGACAUGAUGGAGCUGUUCCACGAGGUUACAUUCCAGACGGAAUGCGGCCAGCUGUGCGAUCUGCUGACUGCGCCCGAAGACGAUGUCAACCUUGACAACUUCAGCCUUGACAAGUUCACUUUCAUCGUCAUUUACAAGACUGCCUACUACUCUUUCUACCUCCCGGUCGCACUGGCCCUCUACUACGCCGGUGCAGCCACGCCAAAGAACUUGCAGACCGCAGAAGACAUUCUCAUCCCCAUGGGCGAAUACUUCCAGGCACAAGACGACUACCUUGACGCUUUCGCCGACCCCUCCGUUCUCGGCAAGAUCGGUACAGACAUCAUGGACAACAAGUGCUCGUGGUUGAUCAACCAGGCUCUGAAGAAGGUCAACCCCGAGCAACGGAAACUGCUAGAGGACAACUACGGCCAAAAGGACUCACAGAAGGAGGCCAAGGUCAAAGAGUUGUACCACGAGCUGAAACUGAAGGACUUCUACGAGCAAUGGGAAGAGGAGCGUGUUGCCGACUUGAGGGCUAAGAUCGACAAGGUCGAUGAGAGCGAGGGCUUGAAGAAGGAGGUCUUCGAGACCUUCCUCCAGAAGAUUUACAAGAGGAGCAAAUAA